AUGUCGUCAAGCCUGUCCCUGCCCUUUGCUGCUGCCUGUUUUGGGACCAAACCGUCGGCUGUCAUUCCAGCACCUUGUUUACCUUCGCGAUAUCCGCGUGGUGCCUUAAACCGAAAAGCCGGCGAACCUAAUUACGGGGCCGCCCGGCGGCCCCGACGAAGGUAAUGCUAUUUGGAGGGGAGAUUAUUAAAUAUUUAUACGUGGCGUAAUAGGUUUUUGUCGGCUCAUUAGCGGCGGCUGGGAAUGGGAAUGCCGUCGGAGAUUUCGAUUAUCCGUGCGCCCCUCAGGGCCUCGACAAUUCCACCUGCUCGGCGUGGAGGGAAAACACUCGGCAGACGUCAACAUUAAGACCGGAGGCGAUGAGUUCGGGGAACGGUGUGCGGAGAAGAAUGAGAUUUUUUGA